AUGACGAGCGGAUUGGCUAGCAUCCAGAGUAACCAUGGGCCCAAGGCCACGAGCUACAGCAUCAGUAAAUGUGCUCUCAAUAUGCUGACUUAUAAGCAAGCGCGAGAAAAACCAGAUCUGAUCCCUUUCGUUGUUGAUCCUGGAUGGGUCAAGACUGAGAUGGGAGGUCCUGGUGCGAUGCUGGAGCCUCAUGAAUCUGUAUCUGGGAUAUUGAAGCAUGUAUCGGGUGCUACGCCUGAUUGUGCUGGAAAGUUCUUUGGCUAUCGGGGGAACGAGAUUCCUUGGUGA